UUGUAAGGUGAAGCGGGGAAGAAACAAUAAUAUCACCUGCAUACAGAAUGUUAGUCAUCAAAGAAUAAACAAGAAACAACCCCCGGUUGUACAGCAUCUUUUCCACGAAUAACAAAAGAUGAGUCAUCUGUAUUUUCUCCCUCACAUUUUACUCACGGUCGCAGUUCCUGUCAGUUCAAACAGUUUUAGGUUAUGUAAACAAUCUUUAUUUUGCCGCUAAUUAUUAAUAACAAAUUAUAUAAGAAGAUGCUGGCCGAAGUUAAUCAGACUGAAGAAUUUACCUCUUUAUCAAAACAACAUGAAGCUAAACGAUUUUACGUAUUCUGCCAUCACGUAUUUCACAUAAAACACCAACUGAUGUGUUCGAUAUGCUUAGAGGUAUAUAAUUCACCUACGGAACUCACAGAUUGUAAACACGUAUUUUGCAAAGACUGCAUUGUGGACUGCUGGGAGUAUUCCAAACCAAAAUCGACAUGUCCCGUCUGCCAGAAAGCAUUCCAGAAGAAUCAUAUUAAGGAGCAUCUGUUCUUUAAAAAGCUCUCCGAGUUUAUUAGGAAUGCCCUGAAACAUAUUUAUUUAGUGCUGGGAGGUGAAUGCAAUAAAUUACCAUCAUAUGUGCAAGUGCAUCAGCUAUGGGCGGAAAACUCUCAUUUAACUGAAAUAUUUAAUAAUAUUAAAAACAUUAUAGAAUCUCCUGUCACCGCGAUAAAAGGCAGUGCUGUUUUAAAUAAUCACAAAAUUGUAAUUGAAGCAAAUCAAAAAUUUUACUCAAACUCCAGCACAGCGAAAGUUACAGAAGAUCCAUUUGAUGUCCUUUUGAUGACGCCUACAGCAAAUACAUUUUUCAAAAAACCAAGACCGUCUGCUAGUAAAGUAUAUCAUGCUAAAAGGAGUGAAAAGGAAUACACAAAACCUCGGAAUACGGGCACUGUGCUACAGUUUGAAAACGAAUCACAUAGGACAGACAUUUUACAUUGGCUUGAGGACAGCAACAACCGUUUCGAUUGCAAGGUAUUUACGCAAACUCAACAAAUUGUCCCGGAUAUCCCUGACUUUGAUAUGCCUUCGGCUUCUCAAGCGGUUAACUUUAUGAAUCCAAAAUUUAACAGCACCAACAGUACGGAACUAAAACGUCAGAAAGACAUGCAAAACGAAUCUAGGGUAAAAUCCAAUAUGUUAGUUCGAUUAAGUCGACCUGUGCAAUUUGUUAGUAAUAAGGUUGAGCGACCUGAGAAACGCACACGGUCUUUAGAACACAAUGUGACCACCUCAAUUGCGAAUACACGCCCGAAGCGGCAUAGUUUACAUGUAUGUAGUCAAGAUGAGGAAAUUGUAAUUGAUCAGUUUGAUAGCGAGAAAGAUGCUCUACCGACAGAUAAUCCGCAGAAGGUGGCUCUUGUAAAUUUAAUGGAGAACGAGUAUAUCAACGCAAUUGACAAUGAGGUGCGUGCGUUGAAGACGGUGGAUAAACGCAAAAGAUCUUUGCGAAAUUCUAAUGAGAAGGUCGACAGCAAUUUAAAUGUUUCUCGUGGUUGGAAUAGAUUGAAAGCGGUUAAGAAAACCUUUGCCCAAACCGAAAAGAAGUCUUCCAAAUUAAAGGUGGUGGUUGGAAAUGCGGUCAAUCAAUCACAGAACAAUUUGCGAUCGAAAACCAAGAAGACUCCAGCGAAAACUGUUAAACCGGUUGAGUCACCCGUGAAGCAGAAACCUAAAAGUUAUCCUUUAAAUGAAAUUGAACUUUACUUCAAUUCUAAAUUGCUGAAUGAUGAAGAUCACGUGAAGGUCAAUGACGAAAUUCUGCAAACCACGCCCAAGAAGCAUAUGAGCGAGGAAGAACGGAUCGAAGACAAAAUCACAGUUGCCCAAAGUGGUGACAGUGGCAAGGUGGCACAACGAAAUACUGAGCGGGCUAGCAGUGGUGGGGGAAUGGAGAAAAAUGAGAGUAUAUCUCACCCUGAGAGUAUUAGAGAUUUUAUGGGGGAGCAUCGUGUUGCAAAGUUAACUCAGGUUAAAAAUGAUACAAAAGAACACAACCGUCCAAGUUUUGAAGUAGUUGUAACGAAAGCGGUUAUAGAAAAUCAACAUCUGCAAGAAUCACAUCCGAUUGAAAAAUCUGUGCAUUGCACUCCCGCUCCCAUUGCGGAAGAUAAGUGUAAGGUGCAGCAAAUCGAUUGUGAAGAAUUCAUAUCAAACACUCAUCCAUCCCAGACAAUAUCUACAAAUGAACUACUCCGUGAAAUUGACAACGAUUUCAUUUUUGCCUUACCUACUCCAACAAUUACGAAUAGCAGUAUAAUAAACCAGUUAGGUAGAAAGUUAUCAUCAAUCAGUGAUAUUGUUAAUGACCAUCGUGACGAUCCCGCACCACUGAUGUACCAAAUAAGGCAAAUACUGAAUGGAGCGCCGUUGCAACCACCUCCCGCGCCAGAAAUGAAGAACACACACGUACAAACGGCAGUUAGUGUGGACGAUACCUGUACCGUUGGCACACAAUUUCCUGGUUUUCACUGCAAAGAUAUUGGUAUACAAACGGAUUCCUUCGAUACUUCACAUGGCUUUAGAAUUUCAUCAACGGAAAUGUUCAAUUUACAGCCGGUCGUUUCUUCUGCCAUUCAAACUGAUCCACUCGUUUGCGUGCAUUGCAAUCGCGAGGCGACAGGUGCAUUUGAAGAAAAUAACGCGCAAAGGUAUGAGUUCUCGGCUAGUUUCGAUAAUCUCAACUUCGAUACUCAAGAUAUCGUCUUGGGUCAGCAAUUUGCUAUGAGAAAAGGUACCCAGAAUUCGAACUCCGCCGCGCAGUCGCAAGCGUCGAAAAAUUUCAAGAGAAUUCGACAGCCAAGUUCUGGUAGCGAGUCUGAUAAUGAGAAGGUUAAAGCGAAUACUACCAAGAAGAAUAAAAUCGAGCAUGCAAGUACAAUUCAAUUACUCAUCGACACGAAAGCUAAGCUUAGAAGAGAUUCUCCAGGAAUUCGAAUGGAAAAUAACGAUGUUUCAAUUAAGCACGACAGUGCAGUUCAGUUGCUCAUCGACAGAGAGGCCGAGCUUCGAAGAUGUUUUCCGGAAAUUGUAUUGGAAGAUAAUGAUCUUUCCCUUGAGUUUCUUUCUGAUUUUAAUAUGAAUGUUAGAGAAGAAUCUCAGAAGGGUAACAACAAAGGACCUGUGGAACCUGAGGUGAUUGCAAUUAAGCACCAACCAACUACAGAACCUACAGCGAAAGUGGUCACAUCCGUCUUUGAAGAACCCUUACCAAAACGUGUUAAAACACAAGAUUUAUUAAAAGAAUGCGAAAUGAUUAUUAGAGGGGCUUGUUCGACGACUAUGCGCAUAGAACACACUCAGUCUAGUCACGGAAGUGUGAAGCUUUCGCUCGAUGACAUAGCGGAUGAAUUUAAUCGUAAUUUUGAGGAUGGCAACAGUAAUAAAUCGUCUAACAAUCCCGUUAAUAACAACAAGCACUCUGAGUCAAUUUUUGGUACCAUUCACAACAAAAACUCGCAAGUGAAGAAACCGACAAGUUCCGCCCCAGGUGAAACAGAUAAUAACAGUAUCGUUAAUCACUUGGAAGGGUUGGAUGAAUGCUUUCAAGAUGAUUAUGAUCCAGAAAUAGAACUGAUCACCCGCCCAAUGUUAAAAAAGGACGAAAAUAAAGUUCAUGUUGUUCAGGAUAUACUAAUUCCAAAGCAGGUUGAAAAUGGUUCCAUGACUGAAGAUAUCCAUGAAAUUGUCGAUUCGGAUGAUGAAGUGAUUGAAUCUACACCCCAGAAAAAUAGAGUGAUGGCACAACCUCUAGCAGCUGUUUCCGCAUUGUCUCAGGCGUACUACAAUCCAAGUGCUCUAGAAAAACGACCACCUUUGUUACAAAACAAUGAUUUGAUGCCUUGCGAAACUAUACAGCCUUUAGACGCGGAUCCUUUGACAUGUUUAAAUGAAGCAUUUACUCCUCCUCCAGAAUUUCAAGACCCUGAUAUUGAAAUUGUCGAAUCUCCGAAACACAAUAAUGUCGAAGAUGUGGUACCUAACGCGUCUGUAACUCCCGAUUUGUUAAUCCAUGACGCUGAAUUACCAAACGAAAACGCCGCUUUCAUAACGAGCACACCUUUUUCCUGUGCUUCGCAAGCACUGUCGUUAAAAAGAUUGAAUUUGUCGCCCAUUCGUUCAUCGCACAAAUACGUUAAUCCGAUAUUAGCUGCUCAAAACGCAUCAAGACUACCCUUGAACAUAAUAGAAACUCCUUCAAAACAGCGCGUGGUAUCUCUUGUUACCUCUACACCAAAACGAAAACAAAAAAGCAUUUUAAAUUAUGUGAAACAAGACGAUACACACAAGGAAAAUAUUAUUUCGCAACCGGAUUUAAUAAAUAAAAAGCCUAAUGUUUGCUACACUAGGCUAUCCAUGAAUGAGAUGAUGCACGUAAAUUCGUUGGCUAAAAGGAAACUAAUAACGGUAUCUAACACUUACGGUACAUCAGUGACUCAUAUGAUAGUUUCGGUCGACAAGCGCAACUGUUUAGAACAUCACACAAUGAAGUACAUGUUGGCGGUUGCCGCUGGAAUUUGGGUCCUUAGCUUAAAGUGGAUCGAGGAAUGUUUGAAACAAAACGAAAUUGUACCCGAGGAAGCGUACGAAGUAUUGGACGUAACAGGCACUGAUGGUCCUCAUCGCUCGCGUUUAACCAGAUCGAGAGCGCCUUUGCUGGAACGUUACAAAAUAUAUGCAGCGCCCCCAUUUAGGUCUGCAACAAAGAUGGAGGUUGAGCAUGUAAUUCAGCUACUUGGCGGUGACGUGGCGUUGAGACCGGAAGACUUGUUGAAUAAAAAUGGUAAAAUUUGUCUUAUUGUCACCGAAAACAGUGAAUCUCACGAUGAAGAAUAUGAAGCGUGGUUGGAAAAAUUAAAAGUGGUUACAGUGGACUUGGAGUGGUUAAGUCGAUCUGUUGGGCGGUUUCAAGUUUCAGGACUACGCCCAUUCGCAUUGUGUUCCGAAGAUUCUUUUAGCGGCUUAUCAUAUCCUGCCGAACUUCUCAGUGAUGUGCCUUCCAUGCUUACGUUAAAUUAAAAUAAGAUACUUAUGUUACUCUCUUUUAAAUUUAUAGAUGACGCCAUAUUAAAUACGUUAUUUUUUUAUAAAUGUAGUUUAUAUUCAAAUCUGUUUUAUAACAGUUAGAUGUCUGUUGUAUGUAAGUAUAUGUAUGUAGGUUUUAAAAGGUAAUUAAAUUUUGUUUGAUUGUACAAUA